GCACACCAGGGACCGGUGAACUCUGUCCCUCAGCCGGGGACCACAGAAACACUGGGGGCCGGGCCGCGCCGCCCUUGGGAGAAGACACGCCCUCGGGGCCACCCGCGGGGCUCAGCUUGGGGACCUCGUUCCGGGCGGUCCGGCCAGCAGCGCCCGCGCCCGUCCACCCAUGCUCUCGGUCGGCAGGAGGGCUCGCCAGCUCCUACACAGUCUCUCUCCCGUCCCGAGGAUGGGCGCCUCAGCCUCCGAGCUAGUCAGCCCUCAGGAGGCCCUUCCCGGCCGCACCCAGCCGACCCCCGUGGCAGCCAAACAUCACGUCAGUGGCAACAGAACAGUUGAACCUUUCCCAGAGGGAACACAGAUGGCUGUAUUUGGAAUGGGCUGUUUCUGGGGAGCUGAGAGGAAAUUCUGGACCUUGAAAGGAGUGUAUUCAACUCAAGUUGGCUUUGCAGGAGGUUAUACUUCCAAUCCUACUUACAAAGAAGUCUGCUCAGGAAGGACCGGCCACGCAGAAGUUGUCCGGGUCGUGUACCAGCCAGAACACAUCAGCUUUGAGGAGCUGCUCAGGGUCUUCUGGGAGAAUCACGACCCGACCCAAGGCAUGCGCCAAGGCAAUGAUCAUGGCACUCAGUACCGCUCAGCCAUCUACCCCAGCUCGGCCCAGCAACUGGAGGCAGCCCUGAGGUCCAAGGAGGACUACCAGAAGGUUCUGUCCGAGCACGGCUAUGGCUCGAUCACCACUGACAUCCGGGAGGGGCAGACUUUCUACUACGCAGAAGAUUACCACCAGCAGUACCUGAGCAAGAACCCAGAUGGCUACUGCGGCCUGGGGGGCACCGGGGUUUCCUGUCCGCUGGGCAUUAAGAAAUAAUCCUCUUCCCAGGGUGGGCCCUUGAGGUUCCAGCAGAAACGCUUUCCACAAGUCGGGCAAUGCUUUUGUUAUUCGCAUUAGAGGCUUUUUGAAGCUCAUGGAGUGCAAAGGCACUCAUAAAAAUCUGGUUUGUUGAGGUGUGAUUUUCGGGAAGCUCCACGCAGGCUGAUAAAAUGCAAUUUGUCUUCUAAUAAAUGGUGGUGGGAGCAGAGCUGUGAAGCUGUCUGGGUCAUUUGGGGCCUGAAGGAAGAAGAUGAGUACGCUGUGCCCACCCUCCUUGGGCCCUGAGCACAUGCAGAGAAGCUGAGGGUUCGGGCAUGAAUAUCAGUUAUCUGCACCCAAUCCCAGUUCUCGUGCCCUCCUGACCUCCAGUGCCUUACAAUUGCAAACAUAUAGCUCCAAUGAAUCGUUCACCGGAACACUUCGCUAUACUGAACCCAAAUGUGUCAGGGGCUUCCUGUCCCUCUUCAGCCCUCUUUGUGCAGAGAGAUGUGAGUUAGCUUGAUGAGUUUUAAUGCUUUGCUUAUCG